AUGGUCAAUCUACUUUCAGCUAUACUUUACCUAAUUAUACCAUUUUUCAUGCUUUCUAUCCUUACUGAUGCAAAUCCUCUCUCUAUAUUUUGCUCCGGUGAUAACUACACACAUGGUAGCACGUUUGAACUUAACCUCAAGCUACUUCUUCAAUCAUUACCUUCCAAUACUUCACCAACAGGAUUUUACAAUAAGUCUUCUGGAGAUGAAGCUAAUCGAGUUUAUGGGCAGGCCCUUUGUCGAGGGGAUGUCCACCCCACAGUUUGUAAAAAUUGCAUUGCAAAUGCAGGUCAGGAAAUCAUAAAUGGAUGCAAAACUUAAGAAAAGAUUAUAUGGUACGAAUUAUGUCAAAUUCACUAUUCAUGCCAUAAUUUCUUUGGGAUGAUGGUUUAUACUGGAAAGUUCCCAGACAUCAAUAAUCAGGAAAAAAGUGUUUCAAAUCCUGUUCAUUUUAAUAAAGUUUUGAUGCAUUUAAUGAAAAAGCUCUCAACUGAGGCUUCAUCAAAUACAUCAAAGAACAUGUUUGCAGUCGGGGAAAUUAAAUAUUCGAAAAGCACUAUAUAUGGGCUUGUACAGUGUACCAGGGACAUAACUGUAAGUGAGUGCAGCAAUUGUUUAAACUCCAUUUUAGGAGAUCUUAGCUCAUGUUGCCGUCGUCGUAAAGGUGGGAUUGUGUUCAGUAGGAACUGCAAUGUAAGAUUUGAACUGGCACGCUUCUAUAAUGCUUCAAGUAUGUUAUUAACAUUCCCAUCAACGUCAGCUGGAGGAAAAUGGAAGAUUGGGAUGGUUGCGGCAAUUGCCUGCAUAUUGGCAUUUGUAAUAGCUGUACUCAUAGUGUCCUAUGUUGUCUAUCUCCGGUGGAAGAAAGGAGGACAAGAAGAUGAGGAAAGAAGCCAUAGUGCUUUGUUACAUGAAUUGGCAAGACCAACAUCAGUCACGCUAACACAAGAUGGUGACUUACUUAGUUUUGAGGAAUUACCCUUCUUGUAUCUGGCCAUUAUAAAGGCAGCUACUGAUGACUUUUCUGAUUCAAAUAAGCUUGGACAAGGUGGGUUCGGCACUGUCUACAAGGGUGUGUUACCAAAUGGGAAGGAAGUAGCAGUUAAAAGGUUGUCAAGGAGAUCAAGGCAAGGUCUAGAUGAGUUCAAGAAUGAAAUCAUACUAAUUGCAAAACUUCAGCAUAGAAACCUUGUAAGACUACUGGGAUGUGGAAUAGAGGGAGAGGAGAAACUGCUUAUAUAUGAGUACAUGCCUAACAAAAGUCUUGACCUCUUUAUCUUUGAUUCUGAGAGACGGUCACAACUUGAUUGGAAGAGGUGCUACAAUAUUAUUGGUGGAAUUGCCAGAGGACUUCUUUACCUUCAUGAAGAUUCUAGGCUUAAUAUCAUUCACUGGGAUCUAAAGCCAAGCAAUGUAUUGGUGGACAAAGAGAUGAUUGCCAAGAUUUCAGAUUUUGGUAUGGCAAGGAUUUUUGGUGAAAAUCAGAAUGCAGUUCAGACUAGGAGGAUAGUUGGAACAUAUGGAUACAUGCCUCCAGAAUAUGCAAUGGAGGGACUGUUCUCAGUCAAAUCUGACGUUUUCAGUUUUGGUGUUGUAAUGCUUGAGAUCAUAAGCGGUAAAAAAAAUAGCGGCUUCUAUCUUACCGGACAUGCUCAAACACUCCUUGCAUAUGCAUGGCAAUUGUGGAAUGAAGGAAAAGAAUUGGAAUUUGUAGACCCUGUAUUGAUGGAAUCAUGUUCGACGCCAGAAGUGAUGAGAUGCAUACAUAUUGGGCUGUUGUGCGUGCAGGAAGACCCUGAAAUCAGACCCACCAUGUCAUCGGUUUUGGCUCUUUUGGCCAGUCAAUCAAUACCUCUUCCUGAUGAACCAAGACAACCGCCAUUUUCAGUGGGUAGAAUUGUUCUCCCUAAUCAGUCUUCAACAACAGACCCUUCUGCACGUGACAUACACUUUCUGGCAUCUCGCCGCGUUGAUUAUUGAUGGGAUUGCAUCUCUUUUGUGUAUUUGAAGACCAAUGGUCUACUACCUUUGUUUCUUUUUUCUCCUUCCAUUUUUUGUUCACCCUGAAAGUGCAACUGAAGAUAGGUAGAUUGGUGCUGAAGAGAAUAUCUAUUCCAUUAGAAGAAUAACUAAUUUAUUACUCUCAAUUAUUUGGAGGAACUAGUUGU